AUGCCAGCUGACCAGAGUUCUCCCCGGUGGUCCUCGGUCCUGGCUCCAGAGGGACAUGGCAGCUCGUGUGAGGUGAGCAGGGAGAGGACCCCACGGGCAGGAAUUCAUUCAGUGAGGCACAGCCCAGACCUGUCAGCAGGCCCUCAGGGAAGGGCCAGUGCUGACCAUAUCGCCUUGAACAGGAUUGUGUUGUUACAGGUCUCUGUGUCAUUCGAGGAUGUGACCGUGAACUUCAGCAGGGAAGAGUGGCAGCAUUUGGACCCUGCUCAGAGACGCCUGUACCGGGAUGUGACACUGGAGAACUACAGCCACCUGCGCUCAGUGGGGUACCAGGUUCCCAAACCAGAGGUCAUCUUCAAAUUGGAGCAAGGAGAGGGGCCAUGGACAUUGGAGGGAGAAACCCCACAUCAGAGCUGUUCAGGUGAGGAUAUUGGGAAAGUACAACAACAGAGAAUUUCUGGAAAAGUUCCACUCCCCUGUGAGAAAUUUGGUCAAUCUAUAAGAAAAGCUCCAUUGUGUUCCAUUUUAGAAGAAUUGUGGCAAAAUAAUAGCGAGCUAGAGAGGUAUCCAGGAAGCCAAAAUAACCCUUUAAGUCCUGUGAAAGUGCUGAGCUGUGAAUGUAAAAAUAUUGAAAAAAUAAUUCACGUGAGUUCCAAGCUUGUUCCUUCAAUUAAAAGACUCCAUAACUAUGACACAUUUGGAAAGAGUUUGAAGCACACUUUAAACCUACAUAACCAUAAUAAGAGCAAUUCAACAAAGAACCUUGAUAAGAUUUUUGGAAAUGAUAACAAUUUUGCCCACAGCUCUUCCUCCCCCGAGAAUGCUGCCACAGGGGCAAAUGCCUGCAAAAUUAAUCAAUGUGAAAAGCAUCUUGGCAACAAACAAGUUCUCAUCCCCCAGCAGCAAAUUCAGACCGGGGAGCAACUUUAUGUUUGUACUGAGUGUGUAAAGAGCUUCCCCCAGAAGUCACAUCUCUUUGAGCAUCAGAGAAUGCAUGCUGAGGGAAAAUCCCAUGAAUGCAAUAAAAGUGAGAACACCCUCACUCAGAAGCCACAGAUUAAUGGACCUCAAAGUGUUUAUACAGGGGAUAAACCCUAUAUAUGUACUCAGUGUGGGAAGGCCUUUACUCUCAAGUCAAACCUCAUUACACAUCAGAAAAUUCAUACUGGGCAGAAACCGUAUAAGUGCAGUGAGUGUGGAAAAGCCUUUUUCCACAGAUCGUAUCUCUUUAGACAUAUGAGAAUUCAUACAGGAGAAAAACCCUAUGAAUGUAGUGAAUGUGGAAGAGGCUUCUCCCAGAAUUCAGACCUUCAUAUACAUCAGAAGACUCAUACUGGAGAGAAACACUAUGCAUGCAGUGAAUGUGGGAAAGCCUUUACAAGAAAGUCCGCGCUCAGAAUGCAUCAGAGAAUCCACACAGGAGAGAAACCUUAUGUAUGCACUGAAUGUGGGAAGGCUUUCAUCCAGAAAUCACAUUUCAAUACACAUCAGAGAAUCCAUACCGGUGAAAAACCUUACGAAUGCAGUGAGUGUGGAAAAUCAUUCACUAAGAAGUCACAACUCCAUGUGCAUCAAAGAAUUCACACAGGAGAAAAACCCUAUAUAUGUACAGAAUGCGGAAAGGUCUUUACUCAUAGGACAAACCUCACUACACAUCAGAAGACUCAUACUGGAGAGAAACCCUACAUGUGUGCUGAAUGCGGAAAGGCUUUCAGUGACCAGUCAAAUCUCAUUAAACACCAGAAAACUCACACUGGAGAGAAACCCUAUAAAUGCAAUGGCUGUGGAAAAGCCUUUAUAUGGAAGUCACGCCUCAAAAUACAUCAGAAGUCUCAUAUCGGAGAGAGACACUAUGAAUGCAAUGAAUGUGGGAAAGCCUUUAUCCAGAAAUCAACACUAAGUGUGCAUCAGAGAAUCCACACAGGAGAGAAACCCUACGUUUGUCCUGAGUGUGGGAAGGCCUUCAUCCAGAAAUCACACUUCAUUGCACAUCACAGAAUUCAUACUGGAGAGAAGCCUUAUGAAUGCAGUGACUGUGGGAAGUGCUUUACUAAGAAGUCACAACUCCGUGUGCAUCAGAAAAUUCACACAGGGGAGAAGCCCAACAUAUGCGCUGAAUGUGGGAAGGCCUUCACUGACAGGUCAAAUCUGAUAACACACCAGAAAAUCCAUACCCGAGAGAAACCCUAUAAGUGCGGUGACUGUGGGAAAACCUUCACCUGGAAGUCCCGCCUCACCAUCCAUCAGAAAUCUCACACUGGAGAAAGGCACUAUGAAUGCAGUAAAUGUGGGAAAGCCUUCAUCCAGAAAGCAACGUUGAGCAUGCAUCAGAUCAUUCAUACAGGAAAGAAACCCUACGCUUGUACAGAAUGUCAGAAGGCCUUCACCGACAGAUCAAACCUCAUUAAACACCAGAAAACGCACAGUGGAGAAAAGCUAUAA